GCCACUGCUCUGGAGAAGGAAGUGUGAGAGUAUUCAACAAUCGUCCUAACUACCUGCUGCCACCCUGAAUCACUUUCUUUGUUGAUCUAAGCAUGAGCUCACAACAGCCCCAGAAUGCACCAAGAUCUCCGGACAGGAGCAGAAGCCCUAAAAUAAGACAUGAACGGAGAAAGAAGUCCCGCCACCGCUCAAAAUCUCCGCAGGCGUCUGGCUCUCGGGCAACGCAUAAGUCCCAUUCCAGCCCAGCACGCAAAUCCAGUCACUCUGCGACUGUAGCAGAGCAAGAUGGGUCAAGACCCUGCCCAGACGAUGGUCUUUGUUGGGCAUGUUCGGCUCCAUCCGAACCUGGCAAGCUUCUUUGCGCCGGCUGCAUUAAAGAUAUGGCUACAGACCGGGAAGCAGAGGCAAAAAGAAUUAAAGACUAUAUCCAAGACGCAGUAGCAGAGGGUAUUCAGGCAGCCUCAGCUACCAAAACACCUAGAUCAAGGCCCAAAGUUAGUAGCGUCAAUCAGCCAGGACGAGACGAUUCACCUACUCGGGAGACGCUAUCACCAGGCUCAUCGGACUCUGAAGAGCCCUCAGAGUAUUUAUUUGAUUUUCAAUAUAUUGAAUCAUUUGUCACAGCCAUAAGAGAGGCCAUUGACUGGGAUCAGGAUGUUCAGCCGCCUGAAAAAAUUAAAAGAUUUUUUCCUAGCCGUAAGAGACAAGGGGUUACCUUCCCCCUCUUACCAGAAAUCCGAGAAUGGUUCGAGGAAGAAUGGGAAAGGCCAGAAAGGAGGGCAAACGUUCAAAAUCGUUUCUCAAGGUUGUACCCUUUUAAAACUCCAGAGGCAGACCUUUGGGACUCACCAUUGGGCAUAGAUGCGGCCUUACAGCGCUUGGCCAGACAGGUCGCACUGCCUUUGCAGGAUUCCACGACCUUUAGAGAUCCAAUGGAUAGACGUGCAGACACAGAUCUGAAAAAGGUAUACUCAGCCGCAGGUGCAGCGUGUCGCCCGGCCAUUGCCCUAACUUCAGUCUCCAGGGCACUCAAGGUCUGGACCACGAGAACCCAAGCAGCCCUUAAAGCAGAGACAGGCUCAGAAGCACUCAUACAAACAAUGGAGGAUUUCGAUCUUGCUGCCGAUUUCAUAGCAGAAGCCUCUAUGGACUUGACAAAGCUACUUGCAAAGAUCAUGGCUUUUGCAGUGACGGCAAAGAGGGCUCUUUGGUUGCGGCAUUGGGGCGCAGACAGCACCUCCAAACUGAGUCUCUGCAAUAUUCCGUUUAACGGCAAGGUGCUGUUCGGAAAGACCCUAGAAGAAGCUAUCAGUCGGGCUACAGGGGGAAAAUCGGGUCUAAUGCCACAGAGACCCAGGAAGAGACAGCAGGCCACUCGGCCAGCCCAGCCAGAGUACAAAAGGGCGUAUGACGCCAGGGCAUACAGGCCAGGACGGUAAUAUACAAGACCCUACUGGAAAAACCCACAAAAUUCGUUUUUGCGGAAGGUAAAGUCUAGAGCGGCGCAGACCGCAAAGAAACCCGAGAAGUCUUUUUGACGGGAUAUCCGCCCGUCCUGUCCAGGUGGGCGCCAGAUUAAUGUCCUUCUGGGGAGUAUGGGCGGAAGAAGUCAGGGACCAAUGGGUCCGCAAGACAAUCAGAUACGGUUACAAAAUAUCUUUUCAGCAGAAACCACCCAAUACGGUGGUCCAUACAGAAUGGCCAACAGAUCAGAAAAAACGGAACUGCUUACAAGAAUAUUUAACCGGCUUGCAGCAAAAGAAGGCAAUCUCACCGGUACCCCCAUGUCAACAAGGAAAAGGGGUAUAUUCUCCAAUCUUUCUAGUUCCCAAAGCAUCAGGAGAUCUCAGACCAGUUUUGGACCUGAGGGUUUUAAACCACUUCAUAGAGCCCAAGACAUUCAAGAUGGAAUCCAUAUUUACAAUCAUCUCUGUGUUGCAACCAGGAGAUUGGCUGAUAUCAGUCGAUCUAACGGAUGCAUAUCUGCACGUCCCAAUCAACAAAAGACUUCAAAAAUAUCUAAGAUUCCUGGUGGGGGAAGACCACUUUCAAUUCCGGUGUCUGCCCUUCGGCAUCAGCACAGCCCCACGAAUAUUUUCCAAAAUCUUGCUAGCAGUGAUUGCCAUCAUUCGCCUGAAGGGCAUAAAGAUUUUUCACUACCUAGACGACAUUUUGGUAGUGGCACGUUCAAGCAAAGAACUUGCGGGUCAACGCGAAAUGGUUCUGAAAAUCCUAUCAAGGUUUGGCUGGAUCAUCAACAAACAAGAGUCAAUUAAUUCCCUCACAACAGAUGGAAUAUCUGGGACUGGUCUUCAAUACAAACAGAGGCCUGGUCCUUCUACCCGAACGAAAGAAGGCAGAGUUGGUAGCUUGCGUUGGCAGCGUGAUGAGAUCGUCAUCGCUAACGGCGAGAGACUGUAUGACCCUACUCGGGAUGUUCACUGCAGCAAGCCCAGCCAUCCCUUGGGCAAGGUUCCACACAAGAGCCUUCCAGACAACCUUCC